AUGGCUGACGAGGCCGGCAAACCUCUGCUGGACAGAGGCUCCAGAACUCCAUCUCCUCAUCCUCCAUCCUCUACGAGGCCAUCCUCUUCAUCUCGCCCGGAUCAGCAAGCCCGAUCGUUUGAAUUGUCCUCCGAAUCCACGCCGCUUUUGAUACGUCGUGACAAUGAGUUGGCAUACGGCAUCUGCGAGCCAAUCCCGAUAUCCUCGCCCACGUCUCGAGCUAGCUCCCCCGAAAGAGGCCCAAGGAAACAGAAGAAUAGACUACGAUUGUCAAUGAUCUUGCCCCUCAUCAUAGUUCUGGUGAUUUUGGCAGUUCUUGUGUUUGCGUUUGUCGCCCCCGCAGUAGUGAAGCAAUAUGUCAAGGAAGCUACCGUGUUUCAACCUACGGAUAUUUCCAUUGAUUCAGCAACUGCAGAUGGUCUUCGAACAAGAGUGCAGGGUGACUUGGUGCUCGAUGCUGGCCGGGUGCAGAAAAGACCUGUUCGGAAUAUUGGUCGUUUCGCAACCUGGAUUGCACGCAUGGUCGAAACCGGUGAGUCGGAAGUGCAGAUAUACCUGCCAGAAUAUGGCAAUGUUCUCGUUGGAAUUGCUACCUUGCCCUCGAUCAAGGUGAAUGUCCGGAAUGGCCAUGAGAACCACGUCGACUUUAUGGCUGAUCUGUCGGCUGGUGACAUCCAUGGUAUCCGGGGAGUGGCCCUGGACUGGCUGGAAGGGAGACUCGGCCGCCUACGAAUCAAGGGCCGGACACAGUUGCAUCUCAAGUCCGGUCUAUUGAAUCUUGGAGUACAAAGUCUGUCAGAUGAUGUGACAUUCGAAGAGAGUGAUUUCCCUGCUCUGCCACAAGUCAAAAUCAAUCAUGUUGAUGUGCAUGAGAUGGGUUCUUCUACUGGAAGGGGGAUGGCAGUUGACGUCUCCCUUUCUGCUUCAAUUGACUCCCCAUUCACACUUCGAAUUCCUGAAUUGGGUUUCGAUGUUCUUGUCCCAAGUUGCUCGCCGGGCGAGCCCUAUAUCACUGUUGCCGACGCAAAGACUCAAGAGGUCCAAAUAGUUCCUGGGCAGCUGACCAACAUGAAUGUCAGUGGCCUAGUUCAGGGCCUGUCUGAUAGGUUGACCAGAACUUGUCCGGGGCAGAAAAGCUCGCCUCUGGACUUCCUCGUCAAGAGCUAUACUCACGGUCUCAAAACGACAAUCUAUGUUCGUGGAGCCAACGCUCCAUCGCUCCACACCCCUGAGUGGAUGGUCGAUCUUCUCAACAGUGUUACAGUGCCAUUGCCAUUCACAGGACACGUCUUGGAUGGUCUUGUCAAAAAGUUUACCACGUCCAAUGUUCAUUUUUCUCUUCCCAGUCCCCUGGCGGAGCCAGGAACGCCCGAAGCUCAGCCAAAGGUGUCUGCUUUGAUGAAGGUUCUUGUUGGUAUGCCGAAACAAGUGAAUAUUCACAUGGACAUUCCACAUGUCCGUGCCAAUGCAGAUGUGUACUAUAAGGGAGAUAAGUUUGGCGUCCUGGAAUUGCCCAAAUGGCAUCCCGCAAAUUCGACCAUGGUAAAUGGUACUGAUGGCUCUCCCGGAAUGCUUGUGGAAUUUGCCAUGAAAGAUGCACCGUUACGAGUUACCGACAGCCAAAUUUUCACCGAUGUCAUCCAAAACCUCAUAUUCGGUGGAAAACCAGUGGAACUACACCUUGUUGCAGCCGUGGAUGCAGAGAUCUCUACCGGGCUGGGUCGGUUUGCCGUGCGUGAAAUACCGGCGGAAGGAAACGUGAGCGUCGGCUCCCCAUUUGGUGGUUCAAUUGACGAGCUGCUUCCCCGAGUAGAGACCAUGGAUAUAGAGUCCACAACUGAAUCCUCUGCGCUUAUGAAUACUAGGAUAAACUUUACAAAUCCAACACGGUAUUCUGCGACGGUCCCAUUGGUUGACUUUGUUUUGGUGUACAAUGCAACAAAAUUGGCUCGUGUCACUGCUCGAGACGUCUCGAUUGUGCCCGGUAUCAAUUCCGGAAUCCACGUUGAUCUUGCAUGGAGCCCAUUGGAAUCAGGCGGACCAAAUGGCGUGAGUGCUGGUCGAGAGCUGCUUUCGCGAUACGUUUCAGGAACCAACAGUACGGUUAUUUUCAAAGCCCACCGGGGAACAAUCCCUGCGCUCCCAGAGCUUGGGGAGGCAUUAUCCGAAUUAGAUUUCCCAGUUCAGAUUCCCAUUUUGGCCAAGAAGCGGCCGCACUUCAUACAAGAUGCAACGCUGCACCUGUUGUCAAUGACGGCCGAAUUCAUCCUCUACUCCCCCUUUUCCCAAACGAACCUAGAGAUCACCUCGGUUCAAGCCUCCGCAUUUUAUGAGAAGGAAACAAAAAUCGGCAGUAUCGACUACUUUACCCCCUUCUUGAUACCACCGGGCUUGUCGCCGACCCCGCAUUUGCCAGUUGAUCUGGUUUUGAGCGGAAUCGGCUACGAUGCUCUGGUCAAGGCUCUCGGAGGUGAUCUGGAACUGAACGUGGUGGCGGAUAUCGGUGUUCGGGUUGGAAAGUACAGAGAGCUCUUGCACUACAAGGGCAACGGGAUCGCAGCUAAAGUCAGGGUUCUGCUUUAG